AUGGUUCAACCUUUCCAUCUUCCUCCUUUCGGUUUCCCGCCAGGUUAUAGAUUUCUUCCUACCGACGAAGAACUCAUUGUUCAUUAUCUCAAGAAGAGGAUUAUGAACUGUGCAUUACCUCACAAUCAAAUUCAAGAAGUUAACCUCUAUAAAUAUAGUCCAGAGGAGCUUUCAGGAAGGUACCCAAAACUGGGAGAAAAGGAUUUUUAUUUUUUCACUCAUAGGGAUAGAAAGUAUAAAAAUGGCAAUAGGCCAAGUAGAGCAGCUGGGGAUGGGUACUGGAAAGCCACAACUGCUGAUAAGCGUAUCACACAUGGAGUUGAUGGCCCUGUUAUAGGGCACAAAAAGACAUUAGUUUACUAUGAAGGAAGACCUCCAAAGGGUGAGAAAACAAACUGGAUUAUGCACGAGUUCACAGUGGAAGAGGGUACAAUAACUCCAAAACCCAGGGGAGAUAAUGUUGAUCCCAUGAGGUUGGAUGAUUGGGUUCUGUGUAGAAUUCACAAAAAAGCUGCAGGCAAGGUAGGGAAGUCUACACAAAAAGAAGAUGAGAAUAAUAUUGUUGAAGCAAAUAAAUCUCCCCCUCAAGAUGAACAAAUUGAGGAGGUCCAAGGGGUGCAAUUCUCAUUACCGCUCAAUGAAAUGUUUACUUUCCAUGAUCCCUUCGUGUUUGGGAAUGGCCCUGCCUAUAAUGAUCCUCAAUUCAUUAACUCUGAUUUUUUUAUCCCAGAAAACAUCUCCAACCAGAAUUUCGAUUUUGAUAUUGACCAUUUUCUUUCUUCCCAUAAUGUUGAACCCCCAACUCUCCUUUCUGUUCAAAAGGCUGAAUCCCCAACUCCUCUUUCUCCUCAAAAGGUUAAAACUCCAAACCCAAAGGCCUCACAAAACACAUGUAAGGAUGUAAAACAUGGUAACUGCCAGCACAAAGAGUCCCCCUCACUUUGA